AUGGAGGUUGAUUACUUCACAAAUCUACCAUCAGAAAUUACCACUGAAAUCCUGUCACGCCUCUCUAUCCGAAGCCUUGCAAUCAGCAAAUCUGUUUGCAAAUCAUGGCGCGAUCUGUUCGAUGUUGUCAAAUCCAAAAUCAAAACCCCACCCGCCCUAGUUCUAUUUUACCGGGGGCAGGACUCAACCCGGUGUAAGAUUAUCGAAAUUGAAGACGAAGACGAAGACGAAGCCGAUCUUGAGAGCCACGAUCUUUACUACCAUCCGCUCACAGAUUUGGUGAUCCCUCACAGAAGCACAGGAUUAAUUCAGUGUGUCACUGCUAAUGCGUUGCUUCUUUUCUACUCACCUUUACUGAGAGGUAUUUACAUAUGUAAUCUGAUCAAUCGUGAAUAUACUGAGCUCAGUUACCCUGAUGACUACACUCCGUAUCAGUCGUUGCAAUUUGGAUUCGGUGUGAGCAAAAUAAGUAGGAAAUAUAAGGUAAUUUGGAUUAAUUCGGACUUUCAUUGUGUAUACACCCUCGGAAGAGGAACAUGGAGGCGCGUUGAAGCCGAUCCUGCUUCUGUUUACAGUCUUCUUGGUCGAGCUAUUUCAUGUAAUCACAACCUCCAUUGGACAGCAUAUGAUUCGAGGAAUAAUAUAUGGACAUUUUGUAGUUUUGAUGUUGAAACAGAAUGUUUUGACAUUUUCUCUUAUCCUCCUACGGGAGAUAGAUCAGGGAGUUUAUCUGUUUUGAGGGAUUGCUUGUGUUAUUCUUAUUAUGCACGCAAUAAUGAAAUUGUCAUUUGGAUGAUGAAGGAAUAUCAAGUCGAUGAAUCUUGGACCGUAGAGUACAAGAUGAGCACUGCUGGUUUAGAUAUAUCUAAUUUUAAUACGCGAUAUAUGCAUGUGGCUGCAAUUAAACUUUUCAAAGAUGGUGAUGUUUUGAUGAUGCUAGACCAUUCUAUUUUAGUCUACUACUCCAACAAAACAAGAACACUUCGACGAGUCAAUAUGUUGAAGGAUGCAGAUGCAAAGAAGGGUUAUGCCCAGAUUUUCAAUCCUAGCCUUCUUUCACUUAAGAGUUUGGGUCUCAAGAAUGUGAUCUUGUUUUAG